AUGGAUUUGAUUUCUGUUAUUUCAAAAUCUUUUGAACCAUAUCUCACUAUUCAAUUUUCUAUUAAAGUUUCACUGCAAUUAAGUUCUGAAAUGAAUCCUCCAUUUACAGAUGUUUCAUAUAUAACAUAUGUGUAUGAAUUAUCAUUGAUAACAAUUGUCAUCGGAAUAUUGUGUGCAAGAUUAUCUCUUACAAGUACCGAAAAACAACUUGCAGACUGGACGGAAUUAAAAACACAAGACGAUGCAGUGCUCUUUCGCACUAUAGCGGAUAUUUCUGCGCUUUUGAAACUUGAUGUAGAUGAAUUAAGUGUUGCUGAUACUGGUUUGAAGGGAUUAGAUACUUUGAAGUAUCUAAAUUUAACCGGUGACGAACUAACUGAGUUGAGAUUAAAUAACGGAAACUUAGAAAAUUUAGAUGCAAGUCACAAUUUUUUAAAGAAAUUAACACGCACCCAAUUGGAGAAUCUGACGAAUUUAACAUAUGCAAAUUUCUCAUUUAAUCAAAUCAGAGAAAUAGAGGAAAAUGCAUUUAAACCUUUAAAGAAGUUGCAAUAUCUUAAUCUGAAUAAUAAUGAAUUGAAGAGAGAUGUGAUUGGCACUUGCGAUAAGCUGAAGUAUCUAUCAAUGAGCGAUAAUCUAAUUGAAAUUCUUUCUUCGAGUAACUAUCGCGGCAUGACGGCAAUGGAGCACCUCGUAAUAACCGAAAACCCAUUGCGUGAAAUUGAAAAUCGUGCUUUCGCUUAUAUGCCACGCUUACGCAUUCUAAAUAUAUCAGAAAAUAAUUUAGAACAAAUUUCGCCUAUGGUUUUCUUUGGCAUGAAACGUGUACCACUACAACAGCUUGACGUAAGCUUCAAUAAUCUGUUGAGUCUAACAUCCAACCAAUUUGAGCACAUACCAAAAUUGCAAAUCUUGAAUAUAUCCGACAAUCGCUUAAAGUCUUUGGAAACGACAACCUUCGCAGGACUAACAUCACUGCGUAAACUUUUUCUUCACAACAAUGACAUCAAAAAUAUCAAAGCAAAUACUUUCGCUAAUUUAGUGUCACUUGAUACUUUGGACCUGUCCAGAAAUAAUAUCGAAACAAUUGAGGCAGAUGCCUUUGGAGCUGUUAUGUUGCCAAGACUGCGUGAACUGCAACUAAAGGCGAAUAAUUUAAAACAGUUAGAUCCGUUGACAUUUUCAUCCUUACCACAUCUGGAAUAUUUGUCUUUAGCUUAUAAUGAACUCACUGCUUUGGAUGUGCGCAUGUUCGCACCCAUGCGUCGUCUACAGAAAUUGCAUUUGGGACACAACCAACUGGAAGAAAUUGAUGCAUCGGUUUUGGAAAGCUGGACAAAAUUAUCGGAAAUGCUUAUAGAUAACAAUAAAUUAACAUUUCUUCCAGAAAUAAAUGGCAUCUUUCCGAAUUUACGUAAAGUCUCAAUUGAAGGUAAUCCCUGGCAGUGUCCAUGCUAUGAUGAGCUGAUUAAAAUAUUAAAUGAAAAUAACAUCGAAUAUGUGCGCAUGACAAGUCCAUUUUACAAAGGCGAGAAACCAUUUUGCUUUGUUACUCCUGUAGAGUACUGCGUGCAGGAUAUUAAAGCUGUGCGAGCUCAUGGCAUACCAGAAGGGUUUGAGGUGGCCUCUGAUGACUCCAAUAAUGUAAAUGACGACGUCGAUUUGAAAGCAUGUAUGAUGGCUAAGCUGGAAUUGAUAACAAUUGUCAUCGGAAUAUUGUGUACAAGAUUAACUCUUACAAGUACCGAGAAGUGUUCAACGCAUGCCAAUGAAAAUGACACCAAAAGAGUGAUAUGCAAAGAUGUGGAAGAUAUAGAAGACUUGCAAAAAGAAUUUGCAGACUGGACUGAGUUAAAAAUACAAAACGAAGCAGUGCGCAGUCUUACUAUAGCAGACGUUGCCGCAGACAGCGUCGUUAAACUUGAUCUGUCAUAUGUUGGUGAAUUAACUAUUGCUGAUACUGGUUUGAGGGGACUAACUGCUUUGAAGUAUCUAAACAUAACCGGCGAUGAGCUAACUGAGUUGAAAUUAAAUAACGGAAAUUUAGAAAAUUUAGAUGCAAGUCACAAUUACUUAGAGAAAAUAACGCGCACCCAAUUGGAGAAUCUGACAAAUUUAAAAUAUGCAAACUUCUCAUUCAAUCAAAUUAGAGAAAUAGAGGAUAAUUCAUUUGAAUCUCUAAAGAAGUUGCAAUAUCUUAAUCUGAAUAACAAUGAAUUGAAGAGAGAUGUAAUCGGCACCUGCGUUAAGUUGAAGUACCUAACAAUGAGCGAUAAUCUAAUUGAAAUUCUUUCGUCGAGUAACUAUCGCGGCAUGACUGCAAUGGAGCACCUCGUAAUAACCUCAAAUCCAUUGCGUAAGAUGGAAGAUCGUGCAUUUGAUCAUAUGACACGCUUACGCAUUCUAAAUAUAUCAGCAAAUAGUUUAGAACAAAUUUCGCCUAUGGUUUUCUUUGGCAUGAAACGUGUACCACUACAACAGCUUGACUUAAGCUUCAAUAAUCUGUUGAGUCUGACAGCCAACCAAUUUGAGCACAUACCAAAAUUGCAAAUCUUAAAUAUAUCCGACAAUCGCUUAAAGUCUUUGGAAACGACAACUUUUGCAGGACUAACAUCACUGCGUAAACUUUUUCUUCACAACAAUGACAUUAAAGAUAUUAAAGCGAAUACUUUCGCUAAUUUAGUUUCACUUGAUACCUUGGACCUAUCCAGUAAUAAUAUCGAAAGUAUUGAGGCGAAUGUCUUUGGUGCUGUUAUGUUGGCAAGACUGCGUAAGCUACAGCUAAAGGCGAAUAAUUUAAAACAGUUAGAUCCUUUGACAUUUUCAUCCUUACCAUAUCUGGAAUAUUUGUCUUUAGCUUAUAAUGAACUUACUACUUUGGAUGUGCGCAUGUUCGCACCCAUGCGUCGUCUACAGAAAUUGCAUUUGGGACAUAAUCAACUGGAAGAAAUUGAUGCAUCGGUUUUGGAAAGCUGGACAAAUUUAUCGGAAAUGCUUAUAGAUAACAAUAAAUUAACAUUUCUUCCAGAAAUAAAUGGCAUCUUUCCGAAUUUACGUAAGGUCUCAAUUGAAGGUAAUCCCUGGCAGUGUCCAUGCUAUGAUGAGCUGAUUAAAAUAUUAAAUGAAAAUAACAUCGAAUAUGUGCGCAUGACAAGUCCAUUUUACAAAGGCGAGAAACCGUUUUGCUUUGUUACUCCUGUAGAGUACUGCGUGCAGGAUAUCAAAGCUGUGCGAGCUCAUGGCAUACCAGAAGGGUUUGAGGUGGCCUCUGAUGACUCCAGUAAUGUAAAUGACGACUAACUAAUGAAAUUUAUAAAUUUUAUAUUAAAAAUAAAGACUGAUUUUUGGACAG